AGCACCUCAGCUAUCAGAAUAACAAAAUCCAAUCUAUAUAAAGGUACCAGUACAAUAAAAUUACCUGCAAAGGGUAAGGAUCCACGAGCACCUGUUCGAGCUGUAGAUUGUUAUACAUCGAAAUAUUUAAUUCUCAAUAAAUGUGUAUAAAUGAAGUGAUUCACGUAAUCACAUUCGGCGACCGCGACACAUGACGCAUAUAUAUAUAUAUAUAUACAUAUAUAUAUAUAUGUGUAUAAAAUAGUUUGAUGUGUGUAUAAUCUCUGUUCGUCGCUGCACCGCUGCACUUUCUUCGUCUCCCUCUUACUUCCAUAACAAUAAACACAUGCCCCCUCUGCCUCUCUGCAAGGCACGGCUAGCAGGCUAUCCCCACCCCAACCUUUCUUGCUUGGCUUGACUGACUUUGCUCGCUGAAGUGCUGCUUGAGGCAGAGUUAGUUCAGUCAGUUCAGUCGGUGCGUGUGUGUUGGCGGAGACGAUGUUUGGUAAGGAGAUUCCAAAAACCCUUGUCUUUCUCUGGAAAAUAUAGUGAAAGUGCGGAGGCCAAGAGUUUUGCUGCCUGCAAAACUGUGCAGCAACAGCCUAUGAGAGGUUAGAUUUUCAUUCUCAACUGGCAAAGGCACUGAGAUUUUCUUUUACGGUCAACGGACAGCUGCUAGUUUAUUCGUUUUGUGUGUGUGUGUGUGUCUGUGUGUGUUUUGCGUAUGUGAAGUACAUAUACAGUUUCUUUGACAUUUCGUUUUUUGUUGGAGUAAAAUAAGUAAUACCUACAGUAUAGUGUUUUUUUUUUCUACAUGCUCGUCUGCGCGUGUGCAUUAUAAUACAUACUUACCGAUUGUCAUUUGGUGCGGAGUAAACACUAAUACAAGUAUUUAACAUAUCUCUGUGUACAGGGAAUUGUUUUGCGAAACAAAAAAAAAAAAAAAGAAAAAAAAAACAACAGAGUCAGGCUCACGUAUCGUACAGUUGCUGCUCCAGGGGAAGGGGAGAGAGUCGGCCAUUUGCGCCUCUCCUUGCAGUUCUCCGUCACACCGCCGCCACCACACUGCUAUCUCUGCUCUGCUGCUGCUAUUUACUCCAGCAGUAGCAUAUCGCGAGGGCACCAAGUAUUUUAUAUUAAAUGACGUGACUCAGCCCCAACUGAUGAGUGUUUUUUUUAAUUUUUAUAAAGUGGAAUCUCAAGAAUUCAGUUUACCUUGCAUAAUUAUAUGUUUGGGUCUCACUUGCUGCAGCCUAGAUCCAUAGACAGUGAUAACUUGACCACUUUAUCCUCGUGUAAUUAUAGUGGAGAAGAGAAAUAUCGACAAGGCCCUUUUGGCUCCUCGGCCUUCUCUGACUGGGUUCCAAGUGGUACAUAUAAUAUUGUUCACCCACGCCCUGCAAUAGUUCUGUUCAGCUCAGUUGAAAGUGUGUGAGUGCGCGCGCGCGCGUAUGUCUCCCGGGCAGCGAGGAAUAGUGCUUCGAAAAGUGUAGUGUUGUUAAACUAGUUAUACACGCGCUCAUGUCCCGUGUUAUCUAUCUGGGAUAGUUAAUAAAAAUAUCAGUUAUAAGUAAAGAGUGAAGGAGACGGUACCAACAACAAAAACGACGACGACGACGACGACAAGAAUAAGAGAAGAAGGAGGUGGUAGAGGAAAAGAACUACGUAAUACAAAGCCGACAAUAAGGCAGCAAGAAGCAGCAGCAACACCAACCACAGCAGCAGACCAGUCCAGCGAGAGGAUGCAUCUGCUCAGAUGACUGUUGGCGAAGCGAGGGCUCAUUCGUCAGUACUAUGAGCGAGGUAAUAGCCGUCUCGGCAGUGGCUGCUGCGUCGUCCACCUGCAGUGUCACCGGCUCGACGAAGCUGGGCUCGGCGGACCCGGUCGUCCACCUCGUGGAUCCUGUCCCACAGAAACAAGAGAACAACAACAACGCCGCGCCCUCAAAGAGGAUAGGCAACAAGCUCAAUGGCUGCAACGUACCGCUCGUUCACGGCAGGCCGAGCGCGCAUCAGGCCAACGGCCGUAAUCGGCUAACCACCCAUCAGCGUAACCACAGCCUCGACUUUAGGUCGAUGGGCAUACUGUUGCCGCCGGUGCCGCAGGCCACGGUCACGACCUUGACGCUUCACCACCGCAACCGCAGUCUGGACUCUUGUAUUCCUGCGCUCCAGGGUAUUCCCGAAGUCGACGUCACGCCUAGUCCGGAAUGCGAGACGAAUCCGACUCCGGCUGCAAAAUCCCAGCCGACUUGUAAGGGCCGUAGCCGCGAACGCGAGGAUUUGGCUAGCCUUGGCUCCGACGACUCUGGGAUCCUUUGUGGCUCCGACAGUGGCUCCUCCAGCGACACCGCCAAUAUCACGACUAGGGAGUCGAGCGACGAUCACCUGCACAGCCGCGAGAGCUUGGACUCGUCGUUGUCGCAGCCCGGCGACAUGGACGUCGACGUGGUGGACGGCGAAGUCUGCAGUAGCAACAACCUCUCGUUGUCCUCGAUGCAGUUGGCGCUCGAGGAAGAGCAGCGACACAUGUGUAGUUCCGAGGUGAAGCCGACCGCGUUGUUUCCCGUUUCGUUAGCGGAGUCUUUGCAAAAUGACGAGGAGCCGCUUGCCACCGUAUCGGAUCAGCAGUUGGAAAUUGCAGUUCCUCUCGGCAACCAUUUGGCUGGAGCAGCGAUGACGCUGUGCUGCGGUGCUGGACAACCGGAUAUUGAAAUAAAGCAACAACAGCCCAAAAUGCAGAGGCAGGAGACUACACAGCCUAAGCCUUCGGAAGGCUGUUUGCUGAGGUUAUUUGAGAGCCAAGUCUUUGACAUGUCUAUGGCUAUAUCCUAUCUGUUCAAUUCCAAGGAACCUGGAGUUCAGAGCUAUCUCGGUAACAAGCUGUUUAGUUUCCCGGAUAGCGACGUGGAUUGCUAUUUGCCACAAUUGGUUUUAAUGUACAUACAAUUGCACGAUCUUAUAGAAGUUCUUUAUCCAUAUCUCGUCUAUAGGUGUAGGCAUUCGGUAGACUUUUCGUUAAAAUGUGCUUGGUUGCUGGAUGCAUAUAGUUCCGACACGCACUUGCCAUCGAAAAAGAAAUCCCACGGCACCAAGCUGAAAAAUUUAAUACUUUCAGGCGAGCUUAGACCCAAGGGAAAACAUCGUCCGUCUGGUCUACAAGUCCCACUUUCUCUUCCUCUAUCUAUCGUUCAGCAUGUAGUAUCAUCAUCUCCUAACAAAAAAACCCACCAAAGAUCUCAAUCGGAUGCCACUGGACUAUUUCAAAGUCUGCGUCGCAACCAUUCCGGUAUAACAAACAAAGUUAGUCUCGGCGACCUUAGUUCUGGUCGUGCUUUUGACAAUGGAUGUACCUGCUUUGAUUCCUGCCAAGGAGUAGUGAACGAUUUACGGGGCCAGAAGACUGAUUGUGUCUGCAAUGCACCUCGGCUCGCACCGGAGCUCGAGUUCAUUCGGGCACUCAUUACGAUAGGGAAGCUGCUCAGCACGAUUCCCACCAAGGAGGGCAAAACGGUCCAGCUCGUCGCCGAGCUCAAUACUCUGAAUUUGAAUCUCCCAGCCAGGGUAUGGCUACCUCUGCAUUCGGCCGUGCCUCAUCACAUUGUCCGAGUUCCACCCCAGUAUGCGGCAGUUCUUAAUAGCAAAGACAAGGCCCCAUACAUCAUGUAUGUAGAGGUUAUCGAAGUCGAUGACUUGUACACAUCCCCAGUGCCAACGAAAAUAAUGGGAAGUUCAUUGAGACACACGAAAUCUGAGGAGAAUCUGACAGGCGCCGAACAAUCCGCCGAACAAACGAAUGUGCCAAGCGAAGAGCAGUCAUUGCCAGCUGCAAAGCAGACACCCGUGAGAAUUGGCUACUCAAAGAAUCCCGAUGUUUCGUUUAAUUUCAUCGAUGAUGAUCCCAACGACUGUUGGAGUCAGGAGGACGACGACAUCACGCAACAGUACCUACAGUUGCGCAAGACGAAAGACCGAGACACGAUAUCGCAGCUGAGCCAGGAAUCGUCGGACAGUCGUGAACCGGUUUUUGCGCCUGGUGAGAUCAAACGGCGACUGACGGAGAUGGCAGCAGCGCCCAAGGCAACUUUUAAUCACGAUCCUGAGGAUCCAUCGGCUGCUGUGCUCAAAGAGCCAUGGGAAUUGAAGCAGAAGCGAAUACGACAGUCGAGUCCUUACGGACACUUGGCUUCUUGGCGUCUACUCGCCGUAAUUGUCAAGUGCGGCGACGAUUUACGUCAAGAGCUUUUGGCAUCCCAGCUGCUCGUCAUGCUACAGAAGGUCUGGCAGGAAGAGAAGCUUCCUCUGUGGUUGCGUCCAUACAAAAUCCUUUGCCUUUCGAACGAUAGCGGGCUCAUCGAGCCUAUAUUGAACACAGUUUCCCUGCAUCAAGUCAAAAAGCAUUGUCAGUUGACCCUACUGCAAUACUUUGAACGAGAGUUCGGUCCCACGGAUUCGGAGGCUUUCCUCAUCGCACAAAAUAAUUUCGUCCAGAGCUGCGCCGCGUAUUGUCUGGUUAGCUAUUUAAUUCAAGUGAAAGAUCGUCACAAUGGCAACAUCCUGUUGCACAGCAAUGGUCACCUUAUUCAUAUCGAUUUUGGCUUCAUACUGUCGACGUCGCCUAAAAAUCUUGGCUUUGAAACGAGUCCAUUCAAACUCACGCCCGAAUUCGUUGAGGUGAUGGGUGGCAAUCAGUCCAAGAUGUACGAGGAGUUCAAGACUUUGAUUUUGCAAGGCUUGAUUGCCGCGAGAAAACACAUGGACAAGAUUGUGAACCUCGUUGAAAUAAUGAUAUCCGGUUCUCAAUUGCCGUGUUUCCGUAAUGGAGCUGCAUCAACGGUUCAAGGUUUGAAGAAUCGAUUUCACCUGACCCUAACGGAAGACCAGUUGCGUAAGCACGUCGACGAUUUGGUGGAGGGUAGCCUGCACUCGUGGUCCACGAAACUUUACGAUCGGUACCAGUACUUUGCGAACGGCACGCUUUAAGCGUAAGAAUGUUUGUAUUGAAUACAAAACAAAAAAAACAACAACAAAAAAAUGAACUAGAUAACUUUAGAUUUUUCAUCAUCUACAUUAAUGUCUUUAGAGAAGGAUUUAUUCGAAAAAAUUUUAUAGACGCUUCUUCGUAUAUCUCGAAAUAAACAAUAAAGUACACUUCAUAGCAUUCCAGAAACAAAAAAAAGCUGAUUAUAUCGAUAUGAAGUGGGGCGAAGACUGACCAAUAUUUAGUAUUUCGUGUGCUGCGGUUUUAGCUUCUUUCAAAAGACAAAUCAAUAUUACCAGUAAAUAAAAGUACAUCAAAAAGUUAAAGAUUUCCGAGUGAAAGAAUUAAAAAAUUUUGACGAGUUCUUAGUGAACAGAGAAGAAUGUGUGCAAGUGUCGCGAAAAUGUUCUACGUAAAAAGUGAUGGGCUGUAUGAAAAAAUAAAAAUACAAUAGACGGUUAUUCAAGAAAGUGUCCGUUUUUGUUACAUAGACUUUCGUAUAAAUAAAAUAUGGAAUAUGACUGAUGCGUGUCAAGAUGAAAAUUGAUACGCAGGUUUGUAAAUCUUGUAGCGUUGUAGUUAAACGUGAAACUGCUAUUGUCAUUUGUUGAAGGUGCCUUACACAAGUAGAAAAAAAGACAGUUGCAAACGAGAUUGACGAAAGAAAAAUAGCAAAUUGUAAUGCUAUAGUAAGUGUGUGUAUUUAAAACAAAAACAAAUUGUUCAUUAUAAAGAGGGCAAUCUGUAAAUGUACAUAUAUAUGGAAAAAUUGAACAAAAUAACAAUUAGUUCUCGAAUAUAUAGUUGAUUUUAUGAAUGAUACAAGCAAACGAUUUUAGAGUAAAAGGGUGGCUAUGAAUUUAAUACUACUACCCUCAAGACUAUGCAUAGUGUGGAAAAAAAAAUGAUGCAAAUAAAUGGUCAACGAGAGUUGAAUACUCAUAAUGUUUCUUACUUUAUAUAUGUAUAAUACAACGGCAUUAACACUGCUAUUAAAAAUGUUAUUCCAGCAUAAAUAAUAGCAAAGUUAAUUACAGUGAACUUUUUAAAUUUGCAAUCGUAAGUUUUUAUAUGUUCUUAAAAGUAAUUUCAUAGUUGUAUAAAUAUAAAAAAUCAUAAAGAAGCGCUAAGAUGAAAACGCGUCUUAGUUUGCAGAAAAAAUGAUUGUUUAACGAAGUAGGAGUUUAAGAACAAAAAAAAACCGAAAGAGUCAACGCUAAGUGUUUUUGCGUCGCGUGAAGCAUUUUAAAUUAUCUUGUUUGGAAUAAGACGAAGAGAAAAAAACCUAUUGUACAUAAAUAAUCGAUUAAUUGUUUAGCCUGUAAUUGCAAAAUAAAUGUGCAAAGCUUUCGAAUCAAAGCCACGGAAGAACAAGUCUAUAAGUUAUAACUUUUUGCUAAAUGACAGAGUGAUUGUCUUUUCUUUUUCAAAUCAAAUAUAUAUAUACACAUAUUCAUAUGUACAAGGCCUGCGUGACUUCAAAGUGUCUUAUCUCUCCUUUUUCUUCUAUCUUUGUUGUCUCAUUGAUCAACGGACAGGCCAGUGUAUGCUAUUGUAACGACAUAUGUAUUUGGAAGCUUUAAAUGGCAAAAUAUAAAAGUGAAAAACAAAUAAUAACUGCAAGGGGAGACAUGUUCCUAUUUUAGGUGGUUUGAGGAAGAUUGUGGUGCGUUCGUGUGCGUGAGAAAGAGAGAGAGAUUAAAUUGGUCUUUUUGUAGGGGGCGUUAAUAUUUUAUAUGUUAUGUUUCUGGUCUGCCUCGUUCUUUUUGCCUCAUUACAAGCUACUAAUGACAUAAAAUAUCGAAUAAAUAUAAAUCACAAGUAAAUUGUUUUUAAUUUGUUAUACAUUUGUAACCACCCAUCCAGUUUGUAUUGUGG